GCUCGGGGAGAGAUAGAGAGAGGGAGAGAGACAGAGGGGUUGGUGAAGUGGGGAGGAGGAGUCGGAAGCGAUCAUGGCGUUCACGAUGCGGGCGGUGAAGGUGCCGCCGAACUCGGCGACGGUGGAGGAGGCGCGGCGGCGGACGAUCGACUUCUUCAAGGCGGCGUGCCGAUCGCUCCCGGCGAUCAUGGACAUCUACAACCUCGACGACGUCGUCACCGUCUCCCAGCUCCGAUCCACCAUCUCCUCCGAGAUCCGCAAGAAUGCCCACAUCACGAACCCUAAAGUUAUUGACAUGCUGCUAUUCAAAGGAAUGGAGGAACUUAAUAACAUUGUGGAACAUGCAAAACAGCGGCACCAUGUGAUUGGUCAAUAUGUUCUCGGGCGUGAAGGUCUAGUACAUGAGUUAGGCUCAAAAGACCAAGGUGUUUCUGAAUUUCUGAAGAAAUUUUACACCACCAAUUACUUUUGAACCUGAUUUCUGAAUUUUUUGGAGACUCUUCCAGUUUCUAUUCUUGUACUGGAUUUCUCAGGUUUGGUUGUAAACUGCAAAUAAGUUGCUGGUACUAAACAACUCUGUUUAUCUUUGUCGCAGCACUUUUUACAGUCUCUCUUCAUCAUAUAAGAAAACAGCUUUCAGUUAAUUCCUUAUCGA